AUGACAAGCACAAUCCCGGAAAAGCAGUCUGUUAUUAUCUUUGAGGAAACAGGAGGCCCAGAGGUUUUGAAAUAUAAAACUGACUAUCCUGUUCCCUCGAUUUCAGACGAUGAAAUCUUGGUCAAAAACAAAUAUUCAGGCAUCAACUUUAUUGAAUAUUAUUUCCGUGAAGGUGUGUACCCAAUCUCCUUACCCCACAUUCCCGGCUCCGAGGCAUCAGGUGAAGUGGUUGCCGUUGGUAGGAACAUCAAAGACUAUAAAGUGGGUGAUAAAAUUGCAUAUUUGGGUUUUGAUAACUUUGCACAAUUUACAAAGGUCAACCCUACCUACGUUCAUGUAGUUAACUUGGGUGGGGAUGCAACUGAUGAGCAAUUAAAACUAUAUGCUGCCGUUCUAGCACAGGGUCUAACUGGUGUUGUUUUCAUUAAGGAUGCAUACGAUGUUCAGAAGGAUGAUUACAUUCUUGUCACGGCAGCAGCAGGUGGUGUCGGUUUGAUACUUGUGCAAUUGCUCAGUAAGCUCAAAAAAGCGCAUGUCGUUGCAGUUGCUUCAUCUGAUGACAAGUUAGCAAAAGCAAAAGACAAUGGAGCUGAAUAUUUGCUGAAUUCGUCAAAACUUUCAUAUGACGAAAUUGCAGAUGAAGUUCUCAAGCUCACAAACGGUAAUGGUGUUCAGUGUGUUUUUGAUUCCAUUGGUAAGGAUGCAAUUGAUAUGUCUAUCAAAGUUGCUGCUAAGAAGGGUACCAUUGUUAACUAUGGUAUUGCAUCUGGUGAGAUUGAAUCUUUUGAAAUCAGCAGGUUGCAGGCUAAAAAUAUCAAGCUCGUCAAGCCAAAUUUAUUCACUUAUAUCGAAGAACAACCAGUUUUUGACCAUUACACUAAAUCUUUAUUUGGUUUAAUUGACUCUAAAUUGUUAAACGUUGACAUUUCCAAGGUGUACCCAUUGAAGGAUUACAAAGAAGCCGCAAUUGCAAUGGAAGCCAGAAAAACAACAGGUAAAUUGGUCCUCCAAAUACCUCAAUAA